AUGACCACCCCAUACACCUUCCACACCGGCAGCGUCAAAAUCGCCCACAACCUCCUCCAAUCCCUCUCCCACAUCCUCCACAAAGCCUCCAAUGCAGACAACGGAGCCUCCCCCACCAAGCCAGACACCACCACCCUCCUCAACGCCCGCCUCAUCCAAGACAUGUACCCGCUCAGCGACCAAAUCCGCCUCGCCACGCAAUACACCGAAUUCAUCGUCGCGCGCACCACCAACCGCGACCCCCUCACCUACUCCUCCCCGACCACCUUCGCCCAAGCCCACGAGAUGAUCGACGCGGUGGUCUCCGCGGCCGCGGCCGCCGAUCCCGAGACGGUGAACCAGCAGGCGGACGUCGUCAAGAUGUCGAUGCUGGGCAAGGACUCCAUGGCGGAGAUGCGCACGGCGGAGUAUGUGCAUCUGGCGCUGUUGCCGAAUCUGUAUUUCCAUGUGACGACGGCGUAUGGGAUUUUGCGGAAGGAGGGCGUCAAGUUGGAGAAGUGGGAUUAUUAUGCGGGCUUUGUGGCGGAUUUGAAUCAGGCCAAGGAGAGUGCGAGUGCGAAGUCUGCGUAG